UUGGAGCCUGCUGUUUAGCUCUGUAGUUCAUGCUCUAAUAAAAAAUUAUUUUUUUCAUUAAAAAAAUCACAUCAACCCAAAGAACUAAAAUCAAAAAAUCAAAAACAAAAAGUGAAAAUUGUAAUAUUUAAACUGUUUUUUUGGCCGUCAGUUGAAUUUAACGUGGGUCUGGAGUCCGGAACAGAUAGAGAGAGACUUCAGGAAAAAAAAAAAAAGAAAACAAAAAGAAGACUGUUGAAUAGUUGUCUGACUUUGAUCCCAUCUACCCACAACCUUUUCAGCUGUUCUGUUACGUAAAAAAGUUGUCUGGGUUUUUUGUUUUUGAUCUUGUCUUUGGAUUCGCUGCAUGUUUCAGAUCUUUGGUGUGGUUGUGAAGCCGAAGCUAUGGUGUUUUAAUCAGAUUCAGCCUUGAGAUUUAAGGCCUUGAUUUUUGGAAGCCACAGCUACAUAAUCAGCAGAGUAUUACUGUCAGAAAUCUUCAGAACGGAUAUUAUAAUUGAGCUGGCUUUUGCUCUCUAAUUGAAAAAAUGUCAUUUCGUAGCAUAGUUCGUGAUGUGAGGGAUAGUUUUGGGAGCUUGUCUAGGCGGAGUUUUGAUGUUAGACUGAUGGGGCAUCACAGAAGAAAAUCUCAUGGUUCUUUACAUGAUUUGCAUGAUGAGCCUCUUGUAAAUCAGAACAGCCAUUGGGCUAAUCUCCCUCCAGAGCUGCUUGUUGAUGUGAUCAAGAGGUUGGAAGAGAGUGAGAGCACGUGGCCUGCUCGAAAGAAUGUUGUUGCAUGUGCAUCAGUUUGUCGAUCAUGGAGAGUCAUCUGCAAAGAGAUUGUUAAGAAUCCUGAAUUCUGUGGGAAGCUUACUUUCCCAUUGUCCCUUAAGCAGCCUGGGCCACACGAUGGAACCAUCCAGUGUUUCAUUAAAAGGGAUAAAUCUAAAUUAACAUAUCACCUCUUUCUGUGUCUUAGCCUUGCCUCGCUAGUUGAAAAUGGGAAAUUCCUUCUUUCUGCAAAAAGAACACGCAGGACUACUUCUACCGAGUAUAUUAUUUCUAUGAAUGCCGACAACAUUUCAAGAUCAAGCAGCAGUUACAUUGGAAAGCUGAGGUCAAACUUCCUCGGCACAAAAUUCAUAAUAUAUGACACCCAGCCUGGCUAUACCUCUGCUCAUGUUCCUCCACCAGGCCGAACAAGUCGAAGAUUUUAUUCCAAGAAAGUUUCCCCGAAAGUCCCUACUGGCAGCUACAACAUUGCUCAGAUUACUUAUGAACUAAAUGUCCUUGGGACCCGGGGCCCACGAAGGAUGCAUUGCAUCAUGCAUUCUAUUCCUGCCUCAGCUCUUGACGCAGGUGGUUGUGUCCCUGGCCAGCCAGAGCUUCUUCGCCACCCUUUGGAGGACUCAUUCAGGAGCAUUUCCUUUUCAAAGCCUCUUGAUCAUUCUGUUGAGUUCAGCAGCUCUCAAUUUUCAGAAAUCGGUGUGUCUCAUGAUGAUGAUGAGGAUGGGAAAAUGAAACCCUUGAUCCUCAAAAACAAGGCCCCUAGAUGGCAUGAGCAACUACAGUGUUGGUGCCUGAAUUUCCGGGGCCGAGUAACGGUCGCAUCUGUUAAGAACUUUCAGUUGAUUGCUGCCACACAACCAGCAGCUGGUGCACCCACCCCAUCUCAGCCUUCCCCACCUGAUGUUGAUAAGAUAAUCCUUCAGUUUGGCAAGGUUGGCAAAGAUUUGUUCACCAUGGAUUACCGAUAUCCCCUAUCUGCAUUUCAGGCUUUUGCAAUCUGCCUGAGCAGCUUCGACACGAAAUUAGCUUGUGAAUAGAAUGAUAAUUGUGGCCAACAAAACA